AUAUUUCUUUUUUCUUUUCUUUUUUACAGUCUCCCCAUUUAUUAGAUCUCAAACAUAUUUUCAUAUCUCUCUUUUCCUUUCCUUUCACUCUUCUCCGAUCCGGUUGGAGAUAUUCCCCCUCAUCAUUUUUUCCUGAGAAAAUUCAAAUGGCCGCUCCACCCGCUAGAGCUCGAGCCGAUUACGAUUACCUAAUCAAGCUCCUCUUGAUCGGCGACAGCGGUGUGGGUAAGAGUUGCCUUCUUUUACGUUUCUCAGAUGGCUCCUUCACGACCAGUUUUAUUACAACUAUUGGCAUUGACUUCAAGAUAAGGACCAUAGAGCUUGAUAGCAAACGAAUCAAACUACAAAUCUGGGAUACUGCUGGUCAGGAGCGGUUCCGAACAAUUACAACUGCUUACUACCGUGGAGCCAUGGGUAUAUUGCUGGUGUAUGACGUAACUGAUGAGUCAUCUUUUAACAACAUCAGGAACUGGAUAAGAAACAUUGAGCAGCAUGCUUCCGACAAUGUCAACAAAAUUCUGGUCGGCAACAAGGCUGACAUGGACGAAAGCAAAAGGGCUGUUCCUACAUCAAAAGGUCAAGCACUAGCUGACGAAUAUGGCAUUAAAUUCUUUGAGACAAGUGCCAAGACAAAUAUGAAUGUGGAAGAGGUUUUCUUUUCCAUAGCUCGGGAUAUAAAACAAAGACUUGCUGAAUCUGACUCAAAGGCUGAGCCUCAGACUAUCAGGAUAAAUCAACCAGACCAGGCAGCAGGAGCUGCUCAAAGCGCCCAAAAAUCAGCUUGCUGUGGCUCUUGAAAUAUUGACAGCAACAACGACAGGAUGAUGGGGAAUACAUCCUUAAAGUUACCAUUUUAGUGGGAAGGGUGGAACUAAUCUUUGUUAUAACAUUCUCACCAUCGAUCGUAUUUUUCUCUUUACAGUUAUUUUCUUCAAUAUCUAUUUGUAUUGGGUGGCAGCUCUUAGUAUUGCAAAAAUCAGUAUAUGCUCACUACUUUUUGGCUUAAUAUAAAUGAAGGGACACUCUGCCUUCUCAUGUUUCUUGUUCAAA